AUGCAUUAUCAUAAUGGGCUGUUAGCAGUGGUGUUGUUAGUGUUGGUUAAUCUCAGGGGCAACAACGGUUACAUUACCACCGGUAUACCGCAGAUAAUCGAGCAUGAUAGGAGAGCAAUAUCUUCGAAUCUUCGGGAUGCGCUAGCGAAGAAGACAUUCUUCGAACAGAUCAGCAAUAAAAGCGAGUUCCAGUUUCCGGACGACUUUCUUUUCGGUGCUGCAACGGCAGCUUAUCAGAUCGAAGGAGCCUGGAAUGCGGAUGGUAAGGGACCCAGCGUAUGGGACACGCUGACACACAACCAUCCCGAGCUGGUGGUCGAUCGUGCCACCGGUGAUCGUGCGGCCGAUUCCUACCAUCGCUAUGCAAGCGACAUUGACGCGCUGGCGACUGUUGGCUUUGAUUACUAUCGCUUUUCGAUAGCCUGGUCAAGGCUGAUGCCUCGCGGCGAUCGUUCGUCGUUAAAUGCGCAGGCCGUCGACUACUACAACCAUCUGAUCGAUGAACUGCUGGCGAACGGGAUAGAACCGGUAGUGACUAUGCUCCACUAUGAUGUGCCACAGUAUUUGCAGGACUUGGGCGGUUUUGCAUCUCCACUGAUUGUCGAUUACUUCCGAGAUUACGCGGAUACACUGUUCCAAACGUUCGGUGAUCGUGUCAAAGUGUGGAUAACUCACAAUGAACCGUACGAUUUUUGCGUUGAUGGAUACGGUACGGGUAAAACCGCUCCGCUCGUCUAUGCUUCCGGUGUUGGUGAAUAUCUUUGUGCGCAUCAUGUACUUCUGAGCCAUGGUGCCGCCUAUCACCUCUACCAGGAACACUACCGCCAGGACCAGCGUGGUUUGAUUGGACUAACGCUCAGUGGAAGAUAUUACUAUCCUGCAAGUAAUGCCACCGCUCAGGAAGUCGUCGAUCGUGCCAUUGAGUUUCAGAUUGGUUGGUUUGCUGACCCACUGUUCGGAGAGGAUGGUAACUAUCCGGCCGUGAUGAUAGACGAAAUUGCCAAGAACAGUGCGCUCGAGGGACGAACUCGUUCCCGUCUGCCAACGUUCACCAGCACCGAACGUACGCUUCUACGUGGAAGUGCGGACUUUUUCGCCUAUAACUACUAUUCCAGCCGGCUGGUAGAGAUUGAUACCACCGAAUACAAUCCGCUGGACAUGCCCUCCUGGCAACGGGAUUCCCGUAUCAUUCAGUCUGUGGAUCCUGGCUGGAGUCGGGCAAAAUCUUCCUGGCUGUAUGUAGUUCCGGAGGGUUUACGGGGCAUUCUGAAUUGGGUUCGCAUGCGCUAUCAUAAUCCAACUGUGCUAAUAACGGAGAAUGGUUACUCCGACGAUGGUCAGCUUGAAGAUACGGAACGCGUCGAUUACUAUGCGAGACAUCUGAAGGCUGUGCUGACGGCAAUGCUCGAGGAUGGAUGUCAGGUGGCUGGUUUUACCGCCUGGAGCAUAAUCGAUAACUUCGAAUGGUUGCGAGGCUACAGUGAAAAAUUUGGCCUUUUUUACGUAAACUACACCGAUCCUGCUCUCGCGCGGAUACCCAAACGGUCCGCCAACUUCAUGGCGCGCGUGAUCAGCAGUCGUACCAUUCCGGAGGAAUAA